UUUGUUAUAAUCUUGAUCGCUGCUGCUGCCGCUGCCAUCUUGCGCUCUUGUUUGCCAUUAUUUGCAUGGGUGCUUUUUUCUGAUGAUUAUUUUUUGUCAUUGGAGCAGCAAAAGGCAGUGCCGCAGCAGCGUGAGAAAUAUUAAGGGAGGAGGGAUAACGGAAGCGACAAAGGGGAGGUCGGGAUAGGGACAAGCUUGCUGCAUGGGCCACUCCAAAAGACCUGCAUUCUUUUGUUUCUUCCUUUGUGUUCUGUUUUUUACCUCUUUCUUUCUAUGAUACAACGAUGGUUUCCAUCUGUAUCCGAGUAUCUUAUCUUUGUGUUGCGACAUAAUGACGAUGGAGACAAGCAAAGUUUGUUAUUAAAAGAUCCACAUACUAAUUGUCCGCCCUUUUCAAUUUUUCCGAAUAGAGCUCGACUAUCAGCGCCGCCGGUGCCCGCCGCUCGAUGGCCACUGCCCCGCAGAAGAUCCCAUGUCGCCGCAUGAGCCCAACAGGUACAUCAACUACCAGCGCAUUGAAGACAACAUUGACAUUGUGCGCAAGCGUCUGGGCCGGCCGCUGACCCUUUCCGAGAAGAUUAUCUAUGGUCAUCUCGACAAUGCUGCCGAGCAGGACAUUCAGCGUGGUGUCUCCUACCUGCAGCUGCGUCCUGACCGCGUUGUGUGCCAGGAUGCUACUGCUCAGAUGGCUCUGCUGCAGUUCAUGUCCGCCGGUAUUCCUGAUGUUGCCGUCCCCUCGUCGGUCCACUGCGACCAUCUUAUUCUUGGUGAGAAUGGUGCCGACAGCGAUCUGGCUCGUGCCAAGGACGUCAACAAGGAGGUCUACGACUUUUUGGCUACCACCUGCGCCAAGUACAACCUUGGUUUCUGGGGCCCUGGCUCGGGUAUCAUUCAUCAGAUUGUUAUUGAGAACUACGCCUUCCCCGGCGCUCUGAUCAUCGGUACCGACUCGCACACCCCCAACGGCGGUGGCCUCGGCGCCGCUGCCAUUGGUGUCGGUGGUGCUGACGCCGUCGAUGUCAUGGCCGGUAUCCCCUGGGAGCUCAAGUGCCCCAAGGCCAUCGGAAUCAAGCUCACUGGUCGCCUGAACGGCUGGACCUCGCCCAAGGAUAUUAUCCUUGAGGUUGCUGGCAUUCUCACUGUCAAGGGUGGAACCGGCGCCAUUGUCGAGUACUUUGGCUCGGGCGUUGACUCUGUCUCUGCCACCGGUAUGGGCACUGUGUGCAACAUGGGUGCCGAGAUCGGAGCCACCACCUCGGUAUUCCCCUUCACCGAGAGCAUGCACCGCUACCUGGUCUCCACUGGCCGUCCCGAGAUCGCCGAUGCGUCGCGUGCGUUCGCCCACAACCUGCCCCCGCAUCAACGGCCCUUUACGCCCGAUCUCAUGACCCCGCUGGUCAAGUUCAAGGACACCGCCAAGGAGAAGAACUGGCCCGAGAGCAUUUCGGCCUGCCUGAUUGGCUCCUGCACUAACUCUUCGUACGAGGAUAUGUCGCGCGCCGCGUCGCUGGCCAAGGAGGCCCUGGAUGCUGGUCUUAAGGUCAAGUCUGAAUUCAUUGUUACUCCCGGAUCCGAGCAGAUCCGUGCCACCACCGAGCGCGACGGCAUGCUCGAGAUCUUCCGCCAGGCCGGCGGCAAGAUUCUGGCUAACGCCUGCGGCCCUUGCAUUGGUCAGUGGGCUCGUCAUGACGUCAAGAAGGGCGACCGCAACACCAUCCUUACCUCAUACAACCGUAACUUCACCGGUCGUAACGACGGUAACCCAGCCACCCACGGUUUUGUUGCCUCCCCCGAGCUGGUCACUGCCAUGGCCUUCGGCGGUAGCACCAGCUUCAACCCCAUCACCGACACUCUGACCACGCCCGAUGGCAAGCCCUUCAAAUUUACUCCUCCCAACGGUGCUGAGCUUCCGGCCCGCGGCUUCGACGCUGGCCAGGACACCUACCAGGCUCCCCCCCCUGACCGCUCCCAGAUUAGCGUCAAGGUCAGCCCCGAGAGCCAGCGCCUGCAGCUCCUCAAGCCCUUCACUCCCUGGAACGGCAAGGACAUCGAGAACGUGCCCGUGCUGAUUAAGGUCAAGGGCAAAUGCACCACUGACCACAUUUCGAUGGCCGGCCCGUGGCUCAAGUACCGCGGUCACCUCGACAACAUCUCGAACAACAUGCUGAUCGGCGCCACCAACAUCGAAAACGGUGAGGCCAACAAGGUGCGCAACCAGGUCACCGGCGAGUUCGACGCCGUGCCCGCCACCGCCCGCUACUACAAGGCGCACAACAUUCCCUGGGUUGUCGUCGGUGACGAGAACUACGGUGAGGGUUCGUCGCGCGAACACGCCGCCAUGUCGGUGCGCUUCCUGGGCGGUGCUGCUGUCAUUGUCAAGAGCUUUGCUCGUAUCCACGAGACCAACUUGAAGAAGCAGGGUCUGCUGCCCCUGACCUUCAACAACCCCAAGGACUACGACCUCAUCAACCCGGAGGACAAGCUGUCCAUUCUUGGCUUGAAGGACCUCACUCCGGGCAAGCCUCUGACCCUGCGCAUCAACAAGCCCUCGGGCGAGCACAUCGACAUUGUCGUUGACCACACCUUCAACGAGAACCAGAUCACUUGGUUCCAUGCUGGUUCGGCUCUUAACUACAUCGCCAAGAGCAACGGCGUGUAAAGCUCUUCUUUUAGAAGUCUCUUUACUGUAUCGAUUUUCUUUUUUCUCUUUUACCAAAAAACUAUCAAUUGAAAAAUAUUCAAACAAAAAA